GAGGCGGAUGCAAAAUCGGAGAGAUUGGAGGGAUACAUUACCGAAAUGCGUGAACUGAACAAGCAGAUGGCUGUGGUAGACAAACAACUUAAACGUGAAAGAGAAGAUAAACUAGAAAUUCAAGUCCAAUGCCAAAAGAUGACUAUGGAACUGAUACACAUCCACAAGAAUAUUGAGUAUCAGCGUGAAUUUGGGAUGAUGCAUGAAGGUCCAUUUUGCCUAACUGCUAUAAAUGUGAACGAUAUCAAAAAUGAAGUACCUAAGCAGAACUUAGAAUUAGAUAAUUUACUAAAAAGGGUUAACCAGUUGAAGAAGGAAAGACUUGAAAAGGUCAACGUUCAGAAAAAAGACGAGUCAGUGGAAGUUCUAGACAACAACAGCAUUAUAGUUGAUCGACAUUUAUGGGACAACAUGAACAAAUUCAUCGUAUUAAAGUAACAUUUCAACAUAUAAAUAAAAAGUAAGUAAAAA